AUGCCUACUAUAGAAUUUCCAGAAUUAUCUUCUUAUUGGUUUCAUGCGAAAGAUAUACCUCAAAAUGAUUCAAAUGAUUCAAAUAAAAAAACAAUAAAAACACCUCAAGAAACAAACGUUACUUCAAAAGUUCCGAACAAACUGCCAUCAAAUUGGGUUCCAUUUUCUAAACGUGAUAAUGAUUCAUUAGAACUAGCAUAUAAGUCAGGAAAUUCUGGAGAGAAAGUUCCUUGUAAUGAGGAUUAUUUGUUUGAAGUUGAUAUUGAUAAGCGAAAACUUAGUCCGGUAUAUUGGACAGGGCCUUCAUAUGAUGUUAGACGUGCCACUUGGUUUCAACAAGGAGAUGGUAGCAAAUUUUCUCCUUGUGAAGAAAAUUUAGCAGCCCAGAUAGAAGAUGGAUACAGAAGUCGUAAAGCUUGGAUUCCAUCACCCGAACCGGAUCCAAAUGGAUCAGAACCUGUACGAGAAAAAAGUUGGGCAUUAUUGGGAAAAUAUUUAUCUCAAUAUGUAACCUACACAAAUCCCACAACCGCAUGGUUGUUGACAGAUGACAUGACAGGAAGACUUACCAAAACCUUAUUUUCCACAUUUACAAAUAAUUUAAAUUUGGGAGGAAUUAGACUUAUUCGAGGAUAUAAUGAAAUGAAAAAAUUUACAUCGCAAACACAAAAAACUAAAGAGGAGACUGACAAGAAAAGUAAGGAAGAGUCAGAGAACGUUACUGAUGAUAAUAUAAAUGAAGAAAGUCAGGAUUUUGAUAUUGAAGAAAAUGAAGAAGAAAGAGUUAUAGAUCAUUUGGUUUUAGUCAUUCAUGGGAUUGGUCAAAAAUUUAGUGAAAAGAUGGGAUUAUUUAAUUUUAUUCAUGAUGUUAAUGUUUUAAGGAAAACCAUUAAAACAACAUUUACAUCUAAUCCACCUGAUAUAAAUCCCACGGGGAAAAAUAGUGCUAAUUCUAGUAGACGUAAUUCUACACCAUCAGAAAAAGGCUCACAAAUUGGAAAUGGUGUUCAAGUAUUACCAAUAUUAUGGCGUCAGGAAAUCAAGGUAGAAAUAGAAAGUAGGGAAUAG